CGUGGCCACUACCCGGCCUGCCCCGCGACAAGAUGGCGGUCUGAAGGCUACGGGCAACGGAAGAAACCUUUCCACAGUUCUUAUAGAAGCAUCUGCCCCAAUUUCAGCUGAAGACUCAGGGGCCCCAGGGACUGGAGGAAUCACAGUGCCUUCUUGGAAGAAGAGGUAGCAACUUGCCCAAGCCCAACCCCAGAGCGGCUCCGGAGUUGGGAGUUGGGCUGCUCACAAAGCCAGCUGUCUGUUUAUAUGGAGUGCCUGGAGGGUGUCCGCCAUGAGUCUGUCACUAACCAUGCUAACCAGGAUUGCUGGCUGCUUGGGGAGAAGACACUAACCCUUUUCAGAAGCUGUUGGCUAGAGGAGGAAGUGGAGGGGCCGUGGGAUGUGGAGAGCCGAGGGCUAAGUCCCGAACGGCAGAACAGAGCGAGCUGCCAACUGACAGACGCAGGUCACGGAGCCCUUACCUCCCAGAAUGACCAGUGCAGCCCCUGCUAAGAAACCCUACCGUAAGGCACCACCCGAGCAUCGGGAGUUACGCCUGGAAGUUCCUGGAUCCCAGCUGGAGCAGGAGGAGUCCCUGACUGAUGCAGAGAGGAUGAAGGAUGGCCCUCCUAUCUCUGAAGCCCCUCUGCUCUUGACCCCUUACCCUGCCAGGCUCUUGCAGCAGGAGAAUGAGGAGCUUCGCAGGCGCCUGGCCUUGGCUACCAGGCGCACCGAGGCCCUGGAGCGUGAGCUGGAAAUUGGGCAGGACUGCCUGGAGAUGGAGCUGGGCCAGAGCCGAGAGGAGCUGGACAAAUUUAAGGACAGGUUCCGCAGACUGCAGAACAGCUACACAGCUUCCCAGAGGACCAACCAGGAGCUGGAGGACAAGCUGCACACGCUGGCCUCUCUUAGCCACAGCUGGAUUUUUGCAAUCAAGAAGGCUGAGAUGGACAGGAAGACGCUGGACUGGGAGAUUGUAGAGCUGACCAACAAGCUGCUGGAUGCCAAGAACACCAUCAACAAGCUGGAGGAGCUCAAUGAACGGUACCGGUUGGACUGCAACCUGGCUGUGCAGCUCCUCAAGUGCAACAAGUCCCACUUCCGUAACCACAAGUUUGCUGAUCUGCCCUGCGAGCUACAGGACAUGGUUCGGAAACACCUGCACAGUGAUCAAGAGGCCGCCAGCCCAGGUCCUGCCCCGAGCCUGGCAUCAGGGGCUGUGGUACCCACCUCGGUCAUUGCCCGGGUGUUGGAGAAGCCAGAGUCUCUACUGCUCAAUUCGGUGCAGUCGGGCAGUGCUGGACGCCCCUUGGCUGAGGAUGUUUUUGUGCAUGUAGACAUGAGUGGGGGUGCCCCAGGUGACCCAGCCAGCCUCCCUGCCCCUGGCAGCCCCACCCCCCAACCCAAUGGGGAGUGCCACUCUCUGAGUGCUGCUGGGGGCUCCCCAGAGGAUGACCUGCCACUGCCGGCCUGUGAGAAGCUGAGCCCCUACCCCACCCCAUCUCCACCACACCCUCUGUAUCCUGGCCGGAAGGUCAUAGAGUUCUCUGAGGAUAAAGUGCGAAUCCCCCACAACAGCCCCCUGCCCAACUGCACUUAUGCCACCCGCCAGGCCAUUUCCCUGAGCCUGGUGGAGGAGGGGAGUGAGCGAGCCCGACCCAGCCCAGUGCCCAGCAGCCCUGCCUCAGCCCAGGCCUCACCGCAUCACCAGCCCAGCCCAGCACCCCUGACACUCAGCGCUCCUGUAAGCUCUGCCAGCUCUGAAGAGGACCUGCUGGCCAGCUGGCAGCGAGCAUUCGUGGACCGCGUUCCACCACCGGCCACUGCGGCCCAGCGCACAGCCUUCGGACACGAUGCACUGCCUGAGCUGCAGCGCCAUUUUGCUCUUAACUCCACGGACAGAGAUGAGGAGUUUCAGGCACCUUCUUCCCCAUCCUGUGAGAGCGGGCUUCUCCUGCCAACAGAACCUGACUCUGGCCUGCCCAGGGAGGAAGAAGAGGAAGAGCUGAACCUGCCUGUCAGCCCCGAGGAAGAACAGCAAAGCCUGCUGCCCAGUGAUAGUAGCACAGAGAAAGGGUCGGGCACUUCCCACGCUGAGGGCAGGAGCUGGGCGCUCCCUGGCCCCAGCCGCCCCCAGCGCAGCCCCAAGAGGAUGGGGGUACACCACUUGCACCGCAAGGACAGCCUGACCCAGGCCCAGGAGCAGGGCAACCUGCUCAACUAGGACCCCUGCCUGCCUUCCUGCCAGUGCUGCACCGGGACUAAGGGAGGCCCGUACCCUUGUAGCUCCAGGUCCCCUUCCCAGCCCAGGCCCUUGAGCUUGCCUCUCUCUAGGCCUGUGCAGCUCUGUUCCCUGUGCAGUUGGGUCAGGCAGUGGGUCACACCAGGCCUUUCAGCUGCAUUGACUGACUGCCACCAGCUUGCCUCAUGGUUUUUCUCCCUUCUUAAAAUAUUUAUUCUCCAAAGGUAACAUGCAGCUGGGCUCAAGACUUUUUUACCUAUCAGUCCAGCCCCAGUUGGGCUUCUGGGGAGCAGAGAGUUCAUCACAUCAUCCUCUAUCGUCCUUCGAUAGCCAUGGAUGAACACCCUCCAUCGGUGUGUAUCCUCCAUCAUCCUUCAAUAGCCAUGAGGGGUUUGGGGGGAGGGGAGGGGAGUGUUUUGGGGAUUAGUAACUUCUAAUUUCUGUUUUCAGUUACCCUCUCUAUUUCCCUCCCUCUCCAAACCCUCUGCAGAGCUGUUGCCUUCAGGGGGCCUGGCACAGUGGGUCCUCCAGGGGGAGGGAGAGGGCUGACUCAGGGCUCUCUUCAGCUGUCUCUUCCUCAGGAAGCAGGUGUGGGGUGGGACUCGGGGCCUCAGCUGGGCUCCGGGUGAGGCCUGGCCCCCCUCCCAACCUUGGCUCUAGACUGUUACUCCCAGCUUUGGGAAAUUUUCACAUUGAUGACUAUUUUAAAAUUAAAUAAAACUAUUUUACUGGUAUGGA